AUGGCGCCUCCUACGGAAUUCAUCAGUGCCGCAUUCCCCAAUCCCUCGAGUGAACUUCACCCUAUCCCGGGUGCUGGAGUUGACCCCGACUUCCUCAUCCGAUAUGCGCGAUCGCUGGAUGACUAUGAGUUCAACUAUACUCUCGUUCCAUACUGGUCUUCUGGAUUUGACCCGUGGACGAUUGGUGCCACAAUCGCCAAUGUUACCAAGAACCUCAAGGUGAUCAUCGCUGUUCGCCCCAACACUUUAUACCCUACCGUUGCUGCCAAGGCUCUGGCCACUCUCGACCAACUGAGCAAGGGUCGUGUCGUUGUGCAUUUCAUCGCUGGGGGUAGUGACGCUGAACAGGCAAGAGAGGGAGACUUCUUGACCAAGGAUGAACGCUACGCACGGUUGGAGGAGUACAUCAAGAUCCUCCGCCGCGCUUGGGAGUCCAAGGAACCAUUUGACUGGGAGGGAAAGUACUUCCAGUUCAAAGAUUUCAGCAACUCCGUGAGACCAACCAACGGAACGAUCCCAGUAUCUGUUGGCGGUUCCUCCGACGAGGCUUACCGCAUCGGCGGCUCACUUGCCGACAUCUUCGGUCUCUGGGGUGAACCGCUCAAGGAAACGAAGCAGCAGAUCGACCGCAUCUAUGCCGAAGCAGAGAAGGCUGGCCGUACUGAUCGGCCUAGAAUCUGGGUGACCUUCCGGCCCAUUGUUGCCGAGACGGAGGACUUGGCAUGGGCCAAGGCACACAAGACCCUGGACGCCCUGAACAAUCUCUCCGGCAAGGAUCUCAACAGAAUUAGAAAUACCUCAACGCCGCAGAAUGUGGGCUCGCAGCGACUUCUUGACAUUGCCAAGCGCGGCGAGGUGCAAGACCGUGCUCUAUGGUAUCCUACCGUGACAGCGACCAAUGCUAGCGGAGCUUCGACCGCGCUGGUUGGGUCAUACCAGACCGUUAUCGACUCCAUUCUCGACUAUGUUGACCUUGGAGCUUCUUUGAUUUCCAUUCGAGGCUACGAUAAUUUCAGUGAUGUUGUCGACUAUGGAAGAUACAUUCUGCCGGGCGUCAGAGAAGGAAUUGCGAAGAAGGCAGCAAAUGGAAAGGAAUGA